CGUGUUGAUAACAUCCCAAACGUUACUUAUAAAUACAGUUUCACCCAAAUCAAAUCAAUUCAACUGUCGCACAUUUACAAUUUAACCCAGUAAAAGCCCUCUAAAUUUAGCCUAUAUAUUUACACUCAAUCACUCUAUACAUAUAGGACUUGGUAAAACACACUAAAAACUGAAACAUUUGGAGAGAAAAAAACACACACAAAAAAAACCACCCAUUGAUGGCCACCCGUGUUGUACGUCCAAAGCUCCUCCAUAACCUCCGCUACUUCGUCAAGCCUCUCAACUCUGCUCCGACGUCCACCGCCACCCUUCCGCCUCUCAAUUUUGACAGAAAACUGGUUACCAACGUAUCAACAUUACCAUCAACCACCACCACCACCUCUGCUGAUUCAAUUCUCAAUCUUGAUAGUGCCAAGGAGCUUUUCUCGACGGUUUCGAGUGUGAAGCUGGUGCGGUCGUCGAUAACGCUAGACGUGGUGGCGAUGGAGCAGGUGGUGGAUUUGGGCAUGUGGGUGAUGAAUUCCAGGCUCAUGGAAGUGCCUGUCUUGCGUGAGACUAUAUUGGGGACGGUAAAGCAUACGUUUUUCGAGCAUUUCUGUGCCGGUGAGUGUCCCGAGGAGGCCUGCCGGACGGUCCUCAAGCUCCGGGACGCCGGCCUGAGAGGAAUGCUCGAUUAUGGGUUGGAGCAUGCAACGGAUAAUGAGACGUGUGAUCGGAAUUUGGACGGAUUUAUUCAGACCAUUAAAUCAACCAAAUCGCUUCCACAUUCUUCUGUUAGCUUUGUCAUUGUGAAGAUGACUGCAAUUUGCCCUCAGAGAUUGCUCAAGCGAGUGAGUGAUCUACUAAGAUGGGAAUACAAGGACAGUUCUUUUGAUCUGCCAUGGAAACUCAACACUCUUCCAAUUUUCUCCGAGUCCAGCCCUCUUUAUCACACACUCGAAAAACCAGAACCUUUAAGCCCACAAGAAGAGCAUGAUCUCCACUUAGGCCACCAAAGACUCCUAAAGAUUUGUCGAAAAUGUCUAGAAGCUGAUGUCCCCUUAACAAUUGAUGCAGAGGACACAUCGGUUCAACCUGCCAUCGAUUACUUCACGUACUCUGCCGCGAUCAUGUACAACAAAGAUAACAUUUCAAUCAUUUAUGGGACAAUUCAGGCCUAUUUGAAAGAUGCAAAAGAGAGACUGUUGAAUGCAUCGAAAGCUGCAGAGAAACUAGGUGUGCCAAUGGGGUUUAAAUUGGUGAGGGGAGCUUAUAUGUCAAGUGAAAGGCAAUUGGCUGCUUCUUUGGGUGUUGAGUCUCCAAUCCACAAUACCAUUCACCAAACGCACGCGUGCUACAAUGAUUGUGCUUCUUUCAUGCUCGAGAAGGUUGCUCAUGGCUCCGGUGCAGUAGUUCUUGCUACCCACAAUGUUGAAUCAGGGAAAAUGGCAGCCGCGAAAGCACUAGAAUUGGGGAUCGAAAAGGAAAAUUUGAAGCUCCAAUUUGCUCAGCUGUAUGGAAUGGCUCAAGCACUUUCUUUUGGUUUGAGAAAUGCAGGUUUUCAAGUUAGCAAGUACAUGCCAUUUGGACCUCUAAAUCAAGUUUUGCCCUACCUUCUAAGGAGGGCUGAAGAGAACCGAGGGCUCUUGUCUACUUCAACCAUUGACAGACACCUCAUGAGGUAA